GCCUCCAUCCUUCGCCAGUCCUGUCCGUCUAUCUUAUGAACGCACCGAGGAUAUAAAGAGCCUCUCAUCUUCUGGGCAUUUGCUGAAUUAGGACAAUGCUCGUCUGCGAUUCUCGUCCCAACACUCAAAAGUUCCAAAACUCCAAAGCUCCAACAUAGCAGCCAGCCAUGUCCACCUCCUCUUUCCAGUUCGUCCACAUCUCCAAGCCCGCCGACGCCGCCAACCACCGCAAGCAAAUCCGCUCUCAUGCUGCGCGUAACUCCAAGGCGCGUCGCGAGAGAGUCGUCCAGUACCAGGUCCAGCUCCGCCAGGAAGAUUCGCGACGCAAACCCGGUCCCCCUUCACCCUUGACGUCCGAGUCCGAGUCAUCCUCCGGGUCUUCGUCGUCGUCGUCUUCGUCGUCUGAGCUGUAUUCUACCGUGCAGACCCCGGCAACCCCGGCAACCUCUGCCACCGCCGACGGUGCUGCAGAUCCCCCCUGGCCUCUUAUUCCCAUAUACCCUGCUCGUCGCGGCUCCCCGAGUCCGAUAUCCCUCCUCGACCCGGCCAGCCAAGAUCCCUUCCACAGCUUCUCCCAACCCCUCUCACCCUUUGAGGGCUUCCUCUUGAACCACUUUGCCAAGCAUGUCACUCUCAAUGAGCUGUCCGCCUUCCCUUGCCCCGACAGUACUGGUGUAAGCCCGGUCGUAUUUGGCCGCAACACCGGUGUCUCGUGGACCCAGACCGCCGCUUCCGACUACGGCAUGCGCGCCAUGAUCUUCUUAAUCUCCUGCCGCAGCCUUUCUUCGCUCCAGCACUCCGAUGUUUACGACUCGCAGGCCCUACGGUACAAGGCUGUCUGUCUCCGCCAGCUGAAUUCCAUUAUUGCCCAGGAACGUGAUACUGUGGGCGAUAUGACCAUCAUUAAGGCGCUGGCCUUGGCAUCUGAAGAGUUCUUCGCCGGCAACAAGAAAAUCGCCGACAAGCACCUGCAAGCCGUCGUCAAGAUGGUCCGAAUCCGAGGCCAGCCCGUCAAUGUUGGCAUGUGGAAACACAGCGAAAACCAGCACCUCUGGUCGCACUGGAAACAGGUCCUGGCAGGCUGGAGCUCCAACAGCAUCUGCCUCCUGCGUGUCGUCUUCGGCGACGCCAUUGCCGGCAUGGACUACGCGAACCCUCCCCACCUAGACGGCCCCAUCAAUCCGUCCUACGACAUGCGCGGUUCCACAUUCCGCCGGAUGACCGCUCACGACGGAGGCCUAAGGUCGAUUAUUUGACGAGGCGAAGAAAGCAGAGUGCGAAACUUGGUGCUACUUUCGGCGAAGAAGCAUAAAAGCCACUUUUGGCUACGGGUUCUAUUCAAAACAAACGUU